UCAAUGCUGUAUGUAGACUUUUGUCCGUCUCUGUAGGUAGAAAUUGCCGUGGCUUAGAGUUAAGCGCCUGCGUUGAGUUGUAUAAUACUACCUCGGUUUUAGUCGAUGUAUACGGCAGUCAUCUUACAUUCGCCGUUGAGUUAGCGCGGGUACCGUGCAAAAGAAAGUUUUCGAUAUCAAAAAAAAAUAGAUAUACAUUCGCGUUUAGUGUGCGUUGUACUAAAAGAUGUGGUACCCUGGCGACGAAAUCACUAAAUAAAUCCCGAUCGAAAAUGCGUUGGUUUCGAAAGCAAGGAGAUUCACCUCGACUACUAAGUUUAUCCCCGCUGCGAGCUGAAUCACCACGACGUGAAUUUCAAUUACCGAACACCAACGAAAUUUUAGAUGGAAGCAUCAAAUCAACGACUUCUCAUCGAUCAAGAAUAGGAGCAUGGACAAGGCAUCAAAGUUCAAAAAACGAUAAAAACUGUUAUAAUGUCGAGGAGAGUGUGAUAAUCGUCGAAAAAAACGAUAAAAAACGAAACAAGUCUCAAUCACGAACCAAAUCCACCGAUCAUUACACCAGAGAAAAACGAAAUCCUUUAUUAGACAAAGUAAAACAUACAAGACUAUCAUGUUUUAGAACGGCUUCAAAUGCUUCGCAAUCACAGGGUGAGAUGCCUUCGACAUCUCAAAGUGAUAUGAAUUUAAGUGAUCAAUUAAUAGCUCAAAGUACAGAUCUUCUCGAUGAAAGUUUCGGGGAACUUAUUUCGAGUCAAAAUUAUGACAGCCUUCCAAGGACUUCCUGUUUCAGCGCGAAAUUACGAGCAAUGUCCGAAAAAUAUUUACAUUCCUCCACAAAUAAGUUCCUUGCUAAAUUGUAUAAAACUUCCGAUGGCCCCAUUGGAGAAUCGACUCCAAAUAAAAUGACUAAGAGAAAGUCGGUUCGGGCGAGAUUAAGAAGUUUUUCGUAUGGAGCUUUACCUGGUAUCGAGGAAUUCCAGAAAAAACACAAUCCUCUUUAUGAUGACGAUACAACUUUGGAUCGCGAAGAUGAAGAAGAACACGAUGAUCACGUUCUUUUGUUGGACGGUGAAGACACCGAUAGUGGAAUAUUAGUAAACGAUUCAUCUUCAUCGUCCGUUUUAGAAAGCGAUAGUUUUCGAUGCGGAAGUUCGUCUUCCAUACAAAAUACUUGUUUUGAUCUUGAUCGAUCUCAGAGAGCUUUUUCUUUAGAUAGAAAAGAUUUUUCACCGCCGGCUUUACCGGCGAAGUCUUCCAAAAGAAAAUCAACCGUUGUUGUUGUCAGUUUAGUUAAAACUUUACCAGAUGAAGAACUUGGAAUUUUUAUUUCUAAAAAUUCAUCUUCCGAUGCUGGUGGUUAUCUUGUUGCUCAUAUUGUUGAAGGAGGAGUUGCUCAUCGAGACGGUACUUUAUCCAUUGGAGAUGAAAUAACAAUAAUAAAUGGUAGACACCUUUCAAAUUUAGGAGUUGUAGAAGCUAUGCAAUGUCUGAGUACUCAAACAUUAACGGUGGAUAUUGUGAUAUCACGGUCAUUAGGACAAUCAAAUUUUCAACAAAGGGCUUUGAAACGAAUGCAAGAAAGUUCCGUAGAUUACGAAAACACGUCCCCAUUGAAAAGUUCGUUUCAAAUGGCGUCGUUUUCUAGCCCUUUAUCCAGAAGACAACAUUUCUUCCAAAAGAACAGCGCAAGCCAUAGUAGCCAUAAUAAAAUGUUUAGGAAAGCGGGCACUCAAAAGAACUGCGAAACCCCAUUUCCAUACAGUUCAUUGCAACUCUUAGAGUAUUCUUCGAAACUUCAAGUAUACUGCGAUAAGAGCGAAGAGAAAAUUUGCGAAACAGAACGAAAUAAGACUGGUUUUGACGAAUUAAACGCUACAACGAAUUUUUGUACGCUCCCUAGAAGACCUAGAUCGACGUUGUGUACGUUUCAAACAGUAAUUCUUGAAAAGGGGCCUGGCAAAAAGAGUCUUGGGUUCACGAUUGUAGGAGGACGAGAUUCCCCCAAAGGUGCUUUAGGGAUUUUUAUUAAAACUAUUUUGGCUAAUGGCCAAGCUGCUGAUGAUGGAAGAUUAAAAGCGGGUGAUGAAAUAUUGGCAGUAAACGGUCAAGUAUGUCAUGAUAUAUCCCACGCAGAAGCCGUCAACCUUUUUAAAAGCGUUAAAACCGGACCUAUAGCGUUGCACGUGUGCAGGAGGAUGAAGUCGAAGCAAUCGUCCGUCAAAGCAAAGUCAUGUACAGAUCUGAUACAAUCAGCAAACAGCGAAGGUUGAUGAUCGAUGAAUUUCCCGUCCGAUUAUGACAUAUUUAGCUCAAUGUCGCCAAAUAUUUAUUAUUAGGUUAUUUAUUAUAAGAUGUACAGAAAUUGUAUAUUAUGGAUACAAAUAUAAAACAUUUUUUUAAACUAUAAA